GCAGAUUUCAGACCGGUUUAUCGCCGACGCUGAGGAGGACGCCGAGGUAGAGAGCCUCUUAUAUUUGUUUCAAAAAGUUGAAAUCGGGAUUGUCACGUUAAACAGACGUGACAGUAAACUCAGCAGUCGAGCAGUUACAACGCCAAAGUCCGGAGUUAAGACAUUUCAUUCAACUUUAAUCUGCCAGUUUAUGUAGGUCAGGUGUAGUGGGGAGACAAGAAGAAGACUUCUAACCGACGGGACAGCGAAGCGGCCCGGUUCGACUUCACCGAACGAAGCCGGGGAGAAGAUAUCACGAACGGCGGAGCUUGGCUGAUGCGUGCGGGGCCAGCGGAACCACACUGAACGUUUUAAUCUACGAGGAUUAUUGAUCAUAAAGUGCCGGUUCAUCCGGACAGACACCCCCAUGAAUGGAAAUCGGAACAACAGGAGCCGUUGAAGCCCAAGCGCUGUUCACAUUGCCACGGCGACCGGGCUAUGGCACCCUUGGAAAAUCCAUCAAGCUUCUGGCCAACUGUUUUCAGGUGGAAAUCCCCAAGAUUGAUGUCUACCUGUAUGAGGUGGACAUUAAGCCUGAUAAAUGCCCGCGGCGGGUCAAUAGGGAGGUAGUGGACUCCAUGGUGCAGCAUUUUAAGGUGACCAUCUUUGGUGACCGGCUGCCAGUUUAUGAUGGGAAGAAGAGCCUCUACACUGUGAGCCCACUUCCUGUCGCCACUGGUGGGGUUGAUCUGGAUGUCACCCUGCCAGGUGAAGGUGGGAAGGACCGACCUUUUAAAGUCACAAUUAAAUUUGUGUCAUUAGUCAGCUGGCACAUGCUACAUGAAGUCUUGACAGGACGUGGAGCACCAGGGCCACUGGACCUGGAUAAACCUCUGAGCACUAACCCUGUUCAUGCUGUGGAUGUUGUCCUUCGGCAUCUGCCCUCCAUGAAGUACACCCCUGUUGGAAGGUCCUUCUUCUCCUCCCCAAAGGACUAUGACCAUCCACUAGGUGGAGGAAGAGAAGUUUGGUUCGGCUUCCAUCAGUCUGUACGGCCAGCCAUGUGGAAGAUGAUGCUAAAUAUUGAUGUGUCAGCCACAGCUUUCUACAAAGCCCAGCCAGUCAUUCAGUUCAUGUGUGAGGUUCUGGACAUUCACAACAUUGACGAGCAGCCACGCCCUCUCACAGACUCCCACAGGGUCAAGUUCACCAAAGAGAUCAAAGGUCUUAAAGUGGAAGUGACACACUGUGGAACCAUGCGUAGGAAGUACAGAGUCUGCAAUGUAACACGGCGCCCUGCCAGCCUCCAGACAUUUCCAUUGCAGCUUGAGAACGGUCAAACAGUCGAGCGCACAGUGGCUCAGUACUUCAGAGAGAAGUACAAUCUGCAGCUGAAAUAUCCCCACCUGCCUUGUCUGCAGGUGGGACAGGAACAGAAACACACCUACUUGCCUCUAGAGGUGUGCAACAUUGUAGCAGGACAGCGCUGUAUUAAAAAGCUAACGGACAACCAAACGUCAACCAUGAUCAAAGCCACAGCCCGCUCUGCACCAGACAGACAAGAGGAGAUUAGCAGGCUGGUGCGGAGUGCAAACUAUGAUGCCGACCCGUUUGUCCAGGAGUUUCAGUUCCGUGUGCGAGAUGAGAUGGCUCAGGUGACGGGUCGCGUCCUGCCAGCCCCCAUGCUGCAGUAUGGUGGCAGGGUGAGCUCUGAACCCUUUAUGAACCGCACAGUGGCCACACCCAGUCACGGGGUUUGGGACAUGAGAGGGAAGCAGUUUCACACUGGAGUGGAGAUCAAGAUGUGGGCUAUCGCCUGCUUUGCCACCCAGAGGCAGUGCAGAGAGGAGAUCCUCAAGAGCUUCACUGACCAGCUGCGGAAAAUCUCAAAGGAUGCUGGGAUGCCUAUCCAAGGCCAGCCCUGUUUCUGUAAAUAUGCCCAGGGAGCUGACAGCGUGGAGCCCAUGUUUAGACACCUGAAGAACACCUACGCUGGACUACAGCUCAUCAUCGUGAUCCUACCUGGCAAAACACCAGUCUAUGCUGAGGUGAAGCGGGUGGGUGACACCCUCCUCGGCAUGGCCACCCAAUGCGUGCAGGUGAAGAACGUAGUAAAAACAUCCCCUCAGACACUCUCUAACCUCUGCCUCAAGAUCAAUGUCAAACUGGGAGGCAUCAACAACAUUCUGGUUCCACAUCAGCGACCCACUGUGUUUCAGCAACCUAUCAUCUUCCUUGGGGCUGAUGUCACUCAUCCUCCUGCAGGAGAUGGAAAGAAGCCAUCUAUUGCAGCGGUGGUAGGCAGUAUGGAUGCCCACCCCUGCAGGUACUGUGCUACAGUGCGGGUCCAGAGGCCUAGACAGGAGGUCAUCCAGGAUUUGGCCUCUAUGGUGAGAGAGCUCUUAAUCCAGUUCUACAAGUCGACCCGCUACAAGCCAACAAGGAUCAUUUUCUACAGGGAUGGAGUGUCAGAGGGCCAGUUCAGACAGGUGCUGUACUAUGAGCUGCUGGCUAUUAGGGAGGCAUGCAUCAGUCUCGAGAAGGAAUACCAACCCGGGAUAACCUACAUCGUCGUGCAGAAACGCCAUCACACACGCCUGUUCUGCGCAGAUCGCACUGAGCGGGUGGGACGAAGUGGAAACAUUCCUGCCGGCACCACAGUGGACACAGACAUCACCCACCCAUACGAGUUUGACUUUUACCUCUGCAGUCACGCUGGAAUCCAGGGUACCAGUCGUCCUUCUCACUACCACGUACUGUGGGAUGACAACUGUUUCACCGCUGAUGAUUUCCAGCUCCUAACUUACCAGUUGUGCCACACCUACGUCCGCUGCACACGCUCCGUGUCCAUCCCAGCACCUGCCUACUAUGCUCACCUUGUAGCCUUCCGCGCUCGCUACCACCUGGUCGACAAAGAGCAUGACAGUGCGGAGGGCAGCCAUGUCUCAGGGCAGAGUAACGGCAGGGACCCCCAGGCUCUGGCCAAGGCUGUUCAGAUCCACCACGACACACUGAGGACCAUGUACUUCGCCUAAACACCCCCUCCAUUUCACUCCACCUCCCAGUUACUCAGCCAGUCUUAGUGCCCGACUUCCUCCUGAUCCGGAGCGACUCUGUGCUGGCGCAGCUUUGCUGAAGCCAAACAACGACGGCGGCCGUGUAGGAACGUCGUAGAGGAGUCCAGCCAUGUUAUGUAAUCUGAAACCAGCCAAUAGUUUGUCUGCUCCGGACCUCCAUCUCAUUCUCCUCGUGAGCCAUGUCCUCGCUUUCCGCAUUUUACAGACACUCAGUUUUAUUUUUAUGGGAUUAUUUGGGGUUUUAAAGAAUGGUGGAGCAGCCAGUAAUCAAAAAAUAUAUAUAUUAUUUUUGGUGCGUUGGUGGUAGAAUCACAGAGGACCUGACCUGCUUUGUAACCUCAUGUUGAGCCUAAUGUUUAUGUUUGUUCUUUGGCUUUCUAGAGCCUGUCUGUGUUGUUUCUCUGAGCAAAUGUGUGAUCGACGUGGCAGCAUGUUAGCUUUGGCACCUUUUUUGUAAAUGGGCGGGCUGCCUUAGUGGCUUCUCUUCUGUCUCCCUUUAAGCCAGUUCUGUGUGGUUCCUCAGUCUGUCAGCCAGACAGUAAGCAGCAUAACUUUGCACUCUACCAACACAGCCACUGAAUGAAAUCUUCAUUUUUCUAAGCAAAGCCACGUACAGCUGUUUUGAGACAUUGUCGUUUGUCGCCUUAUUGUGAGGCGAGGUGCAUAAACAGAACUAUAAGAUUCAAAGUCAUGGCCAUGAAAUGGACUUUGUUCUUGUUUGUCUGACUAUUUAUGAUUUUUCUUUUUCCUUUUUAACUUAAAUUAAGAAUAAUUUACAGCAAUAGUGUGUAGAUGACCACAAACCUUUGGACUUUUCCCAGUUUUUACUUUUAAAGAGAGGAAAAACUGACCGAUUCAGUUGUGAAGAACUCCUUCAGUGCAAUAACGUGUUAAAAUGGAGAGAGCAGGUGUGUUUUCAUGAGUAUUUGUGUUGUUCUUAAUGAGAUCUGGGAAGUGACAAUGAAGAUAGAAUCAGGAAUGUGCAGUAUUUGACAUUCUGGUGACCUUGUAGGACUGAUGCCUCAGACGUGAGGCUCGGUCGUGGUGAGGUCUGAUUGUGUUUGAGGAGGUUUGUUUUGUUAAAGUGCCUGAUUUGUUUAGAAAUUGAACAACUGGUAAGAUGGAAGGUCUUUUUGAAACGGUUUGGGUGCCUCAAAACAGACAAUUUGUUAACAACACACACAGCACACUGGAUUGUAGAUGAUCCUACCGCCAGCCACGUGUGAUUGCUAAUGUUUGCUGCAGUUUUUUGUUUUGUUUUUUUUUGUUUUUUUGUUUUUCUAAAUCACAGAUCUGAAUAUGAAAAAUGUUUGAGGUCCUACAGACUCAUCAUGUUAACCAGAAAAAAAUGUUUUCAUGAUUUUUACAGCUAAUCUUUUUUUUUCCGGCACAUAGAUGAUUUGAACAGUAAUUAUACUUGACCGCUCUCCUUGGUCAUGUUGUUUUCUAAAUGGUGCUUUUUGGUCUCCUGGUUCCAGACCUCUAAAUGCAUUUAAUUUGGUUUAUUUGUUACAUCGGCUAAAAACAUCAAAAAUACAGUCACUGUUCACCAACCUGGUUUUCCCAAUGAUGAAAUGAUCAAACUCAAGGCAGCAGCUUUGAUUCUUAUUUAUUUUUUCCCUUUUUUGAUAAAUGUAUUUAACAAUCUCAAACGAGAUUAUAAAUUUUGUGUUUGAGAAGGAUUCGCUGUCCCAGCCUUUGAAAUUCAGCUUUUUAUUGCUGGUUUAUGUCUCAUUUGUUUUCACAAACAAAUUUGGAUUAGUGCAGCUACAAAGGCCUUAUUUUCAGUCAUUUGCAUGUUUUAAAAAAAAAAAAAAAAAAAAAAAAAAAUCAGAAGUCUGUAAACUCUGAGGGCGAUGCAUCAAAUUUCUUUUGUUGGACCAAGAGUCUAAAAUCUAAAUAUGUAUGGUUCAUUAUCAUGUAUGAUGAAGAACGGUAACGCGUCUUCCUUGAAAUAUAAUGAAAUUAAAUAAAGAUGCACAACGCAUCAGCUCCUAUUGGCCCUGCUGACUGAUCUCAGCAGCUAUAAUCACUGAUGCAGGGCCAGUAUUUAUCUGGUGCAUCCCAUCUAUUUUGAGCUAGCCAAACAUGAAAAAUUUAUGGAAAGAGCUUUGUUUAUUUAAAAGAAGAAGAAAUGAUGACAACAAAAACCAGUAUCUGACAAGUUGAUAUAAAUUCGUCCCGAAUAAUCGACUAAUCGUUGCAGUUUGAGUGCCAAGACGACACUUUUCUCACAAGCAGAGUUAUCUUUACGACAGGUUUUUUCUGGGGGAUUUUUCCUCUCUAUUUGGAUUUGCAGGUGGUGAUGUUGACAUCUUUAUUCGUUUAUUUUCUACCUUUAGUCCUUCAUUGACAUCUCUGCACUGCUGCUAUUGUUGGACACCCAGCCCCACGCGGGCUGUUGCUCAUCUCAAACCUUCAGUUUACUUUAACACAAAUGAAGCCUUCAGGUUUCAUCCCUUGGACCAAACCCAUGUGCCUGGUCAGGGUGAGUGCUGACGCUCUCCUUGCCACGUGUCACCAGAAUCAGCUGCUAUAAGAAGAGUUUUAUUUAAUAUUUCAGCAGAUACACAUAAAUACUGUAUAUUUAUACACAAAGCGAAAAGGAUAUUUUACUGCACUUAACAGAAAUUCACGGGGGAGAGAAGUGCUCGUUAGGUUUCUUUAAAUGUUUGGCUGAGGCUGUUUCUUAAUGUCGGACAUUACCAGCAUUUGUUUUGUUUUGUUUUUUUGGUUUGUUUGUUUUUUACUUGAACAAUAGCAAAAGUAAUGGCGGGCAUAUUUAACAUUGUUUGCUGGUGCUCUGCUCGUCUCUGUAAGUUGACCUUUAGACAGCCUUAUUACAGGAACCCCCUUCUCCACUAGUGAUGCCACGGGACUUCAGAUGCCUUUUCUUUCCCCUUUUAAAGAAAAAAAAAAUUAUAUUUAAACUUAAUAAUGAAAUGCAUGUAUUGCUUAUUUUUCUAACAAAGUCCUAUUUGAAGCAGAAGCCUAAUAACUAAUAACAUAGAGGUCUGCAAUAACUUUCCAAAUUUAGGUUUACGUAUGUGAUCGAGGUUUGUGUUGUCAUAGAGCGAUCAGAUGAAUCCUCAGCCCUCCUCACUCUGUGUUAUCAUCUCAAAAGCUCAUCUGAGAAGCUUUAGGACAUUGUUUGAUUUUUAUUCAUAUUCAUAUACUAAACUUCUUUUCUUUUGCAUAUUAAUGAGAGGAGGUUUUAUUUUUGGGGGGUUGUUUCCUGUCCGUUACAGACUGUGCCUUUUUCUGAUGGUGCUGGAAAAAAAAAAUGUUCAAAAAGUGCGCUGAGCCCAGAGUCUACAUUAAUAAGUAUAUAUUAAUACCUGCAAAUACUGUAAUAUGUGUGUGUGUGUGGAUACCUCUGACAUGUAUGCCAAGAACACAAAAAUAUGCAGAAUUUAUCCGUUUUGAGCUGACAGGACCAAAAGGCCUGCAGGGAUUGGUUUAUUGGACGGGCACUCAAGCACAACCUAAAACCAAACAUUUUUCAGUAAUACAAAUCAUAACUUGGGCGGGGGGUUGGGUGGGGAGCACUCACGACUCAUAGGUAACGAAUAUCUCAGUGUAGACAUGAUGUAGCAUAUUUAUUUAUUUCUGUGAUGCGUACUGCAUGUUGUUCUCGGUUGGCGUUUUGAGUUUUGUGUGUUCGUUCUUAAAUGGACAGCAAUAAUGAAGCAGCUGUAAAAUUUCUGUGCAAUCGGUUUGGCCGGCCUUCCUUUUUCUCCGUGUUUGCGUGUCUGUCUGAAAACUUCAUUUUGUUUUCGAAUGUGAAGUUCAGACGUUUACAGACUUGGACAAAGAGCUUUUGUUUCUCCACGAGUGCCCGUCUCCCAUGUUAAGGGAUUCCCCACAAAAUAAAUGAAUCUUUAGAUGCCUCUGAAGGUUGGCUGCAUAUCAUUCUUGAAGAAAAAAAAAAAAAAUAUUUGAGUUUGAAAAUGUUGUUUGUUUUCUUUUUUUUUUUUCUUUUUUUUUGCCUGAUUUAUAUUAAUAAGUACAACUGUAUGUUCAAGAACUUUUAAAGUUUGUCUUAACACUCACCUGAUCCUGGUCCUAAGUUGAGCCUUUUUAUUUGUCA